UUGCUUGCAAUAGAAGGUGAGAUCGGAAGUUAACUGCUCGUCUCGCUCAUUUCAUGUUACGGUAAAUCCAAAAUAGCAUUGAUAACUGAAUAAUUAAAUACCGCUUGUUCGAAAGAAAAUAAAACUAGAACACUUCAAUAUGAAUAGAAAAACGUUGCAGCUGUCCAUUCUCAACUAGAAGGUUUACUGACUUGGAAUUCUCACUCUUCGACUGGUAAUAUAGAAGGACGCGCAAAUAUAUUGAAACUCUGGAAGAAGGAAAUAAAGUAAAAUGGGUUCUGGCGGCUUAACUUGUGUGAAGUUUAUUACAUUUUUCUGUAAUUUACUUUUUGCUCUAACCGGACUGCUCAUUCUAAUUGUGGGUGCCAUGGUGCAGUUGAACUAUGCGCAUUAUUCAAAUUUCGUUAGUGACCACAUAUGGACUGUGCCCAUUAUUUUGAUUAUCGUCGGCGCAACCAUAGCAUUCAUCUGUUUUCUCGGCUGUUGUGGCGCCUUGAAAGAGAAUAGUUGCAUGAUACUGUCAUUCGCUCUUUUGGCGGUUAUUAUAUUCUUGUUCGAAAUCGGUUUAGGGAUAGCUGGUUAUGUUAAACAUGCAUCUCUGAGUGAUAUAAUGGAGGAACAGUUCAAUUCCACAAUGAAAGAAUACAACGAACGCAAAGAAAAUCGUGAUGCUUGGUCGCUUUUGCAAAGUGAGAUGGAUUGCUGUGGAACCUUUGGGCCUAAGGAUUGGGAACCGAUAUUUCACAAUAGCUCUCUGCCACCUGCAUGCUGCACGGUCAUCAAUUUGAAUGAAGCUCAAGACUGUACGGUUGUUCACGCCCAUUCGGAAGGCUGUCUAAAUAAGCUGCUCUCCCUGCUCGACUCCAAAACAUUAACUUUAGCGGGCGUGGUACUCGGCGUAGCUGGUAUACAGCUAUUGACCAUACUUUUCGCCUUCUGUCUGUUUCGUUCGUUCCGACGCAGUUACCAGACGGUUUAAAAAACAGCAUGAUACACAUAUUAGGAGUUAAUAGUUGAAUGCUUUUUAAAUAUGAAAUUCAUACAGCCAAUACUCAUCCUAAUAUGUGUUAUAAGAAUUUAUUUCAAUUGAAUAUCAACAGUUUUUAAGGCGAACAAAGUAAUAAUUAGAAAAGUGCUUAUAAAUAAGUAAAAUUACUUAUGUCGGCUACAUAUAACUGAGCACACAAAUCACAUUUUAAAUUGUUACUUACAUACUUAUACAAUAUAUACACAUGUAACUAUAUGAGAGCAGCAUUAUUAUGCAGACUUCAAGCUCCCCAUAUCACUUAUUCAUAUCAGUGUUAUAAGUUAAUGAACAACGUCGUGAAGUUUAUGCUCAACAUUUUUGAGUGACCAAGAGCGAAUAUGAACAAUAUAAUAUGAAUUUACACCUUUAAGCACAUUUUAUAUACCUAUUGUAUAUGGUAUCUAAAUAUAUGUAUGUACUGGCAA